AUGUCCACGUCCGCUUUCCAUCACCCCGCCCCAUUCUCUUGCUUUCCAUCACCCCGCCCCGUUCUCCCGCUUUCCAUCACCCCGACCCAUUCUCCUGCUUUCCAUCAUCUCGCCCCAUUCUCCCGCUUUCCAUCACUCCGCCCCAUUCUCCCGCUUUCCAUCAGCCCGCCCCAUUCUCACUCUUUCCAUCACCCCACCCCAUUCUCCCUCCGUCCAUCACCCCGCCCCAUUCGCCUGAUUUCCAUCGCCCCGCCCAAUUCUCCCGUUUUCCAUCACCCCGCCCCAUUCUCCCACUAUCCAUCACCCCGCCUCAUUAUCCCGCUUUCCAUCACCCCGCCCCAUUCUCUUGCUUUCCAUCACCCCGCCCCAUUCUCCCGCUUUCCAUCACCCCGCCCCACUCUCCCGCUUUCCAUCAUCCCACCCCAUUCUCCCUCCUUCCAUCGCCCCGCCCCUUUCUCCCGCUUUCCAUCGCCCCGCCCACUUCUCCCGCUUUCCAUCACCCGGCCCCAUUCUCCCGCUUUCCAUCACCCCGCCCCAUUCUCCCGCUUUCCAUCACCCCGCCCCAUUCUCCCAAUCUCCAUCACCCCACCCCAUUCUCCCUCCUUCCAUCACCGCGCUCCAUUCUCCCUCCUUCCAUCACCCCGCCCAAUUCUCCCGCUUUCCAUCACCCCGCCCCAUUUUCCCGCUUUCCAUCACCCCGCCCCAUUCUUACUCUUUCCAUCAUCCCAUCUCAUUCUCCCUCCUUCAAUCACCCCGCCCCAUUCUCCCUCUUUCCAUCACCCCGCCCCAUUCUCCCGCUUUCCAUCACCCCGCCUCAUUCUCCAUGCUUCCAUCACCCCGCCCCAUUCUCCCUCCUUCCAUCACCCCGCCCCAUUCUCCCGCUUUCCAUCACCCCGCCCCAUUCUACCGCUUUCCAUCACCCAGCCCCAUUCUCCCGUUUUCCAUCACCCCGCCCCAUUCUCCCGCUUUCCAUCACCCCGCCCCAUUCUCCCGCUUUCCAUCACCCCGCCCCAUUCUCCCGCUUUCCAUCACCCCGCCCCAUUCUCCCUCCUUAGCCCCGCCCCAUUCUCCCUCCUUCCAUCACCCCGCCCCAUUCUCACUCCUUCCAUCACCCCGCCCCAUUCUCCCGCUUUCAAUCACCCCGCCCCAUUCUCCCGCUUUCCAUCACCCCGCCCCAUUCUAACGCUUUCCAUCAACCCGCCCCAUUCUCCCGCUUUCCAUCACCCCGCCCCGUUCUCUUGCUUUCCAUCACCCCGCCCCAUUCUCCCGCUUUCCAUCACACCGCCCCAUUCUCCUGUUUUCCAUCACCCCGCCCCAUUCUCCCACUUUCGAUCACCCCGCCCCAUUCUCCCGCUUUUCCUCACCCCGCCCCAUUCUCCCGCUUUCCAUCACCCCGCCCCAUUCUCCCGCUUUCCCUCACCCCGCAACCAGUCUCCCGCUUUCCAUAGCCCCCCCCCCAUUCUCCCGCUUUCCAUCACCCCGCCCCCUUCUCCUGCUUUCCAUCAUUCCUCCCCAUUCUCCGUCCUUCCAUCACCCCACCCCAUUCUCCCUCCUUCCAUAAACCCACCCCAUUCUCCCGCUUUCCCUCACCCUGCCCCAGUCUACUUCUUUCUAUCACCCCGCCCCACUCUCCCGCUUUCCAUCACCCCGCCCUAUUCUCCCUCCUUCCAUCACCCCGCCCCAUUCUCACUCCUUCCAUCACCCCGCCCCAUUCUCCCGCUUUCAAUCACCCCGCCCCAUUCUCCCUCCUUCCAUCACCCCCCCCCCCUUCUCCCUCAUUCCAUAACCCCGCCCAAUUCUCCCACUUUCCAUCACCCCGCCCCAUUCUCCCGCUUUCCACCACCCCGCCCCAUUCUCCCGCUUUCCAUCACCCCGCCCCAUUCUCCCGCUUUCCAUCACCUCGCCCCAUUCUCCCGCUUUCCAUCACUCCGCCCCAUUCUCCCGCUUUCCAUCAGCCCGCCCCAUUCUCACUCUUUCCAUCACCCCACCCCAUUCUCCCUCCGUCCAUCACCCCGCCCGAUUCGCCUGAUUUCCAUCACCCCGCCCAAUUCUCCCGUUUUCCAUCACCCCGCCCCAUUCUCCCACUAUCCAUCACCCCGCCUCAUUAUCCCGCUUUCCAUCACCCCCCACCAUUCUCUCGCUUUCCAUCACCCCGCCCCAUUCUCCCGCUUUCCAUCACCCCGCCCCAUUCUCCCGCUUUCCAUUAUCCCACCCCAUUCUCCCUCCUUCCAUCGCCCCGCCCCUUUCUCCCGCUUUCCAUCGCCCCGUCCCAUUCUCCCGCUUUCCAUCACCCGGCCCCAUUCUCCCACUUUCCAUCACCCCGCCCCAUUCUCCCGCUUUCCAUCACCCCGCCCCAUUCUCCCAAUCUCCAUAACCCCGCCCCAUUCUCCCUCCUUCCAUCACCCCGCCCCAUUCUCCCUCCUUCCAUCACCCCGCCCAAUUCUCCCGCUUUCCAUCACCCCGCCCCAUUUUCCCGCUUUCCAUCACCCCGCCCCAUUCUUACUCUUUCCAUCAUCCCAUCUCAUUCUCCCUCCUUCAAUCACCCCGCCCCAUUCUCCCUCUUUCCAUCACCCCGCCCCAUUGUCCCGCUUUCCAUCAACCCGCCUCAUUCUCCCUCCUUCCAUCACCCCGCCCCAUUCUCCCUCCUUCCAUCACCCCGCCCCAUUCUCCCGCUUUCCAUCACCCCGCCCCAUUCUCCCGCUUUCCAUCACCCUGUCCCAUUCUCCCGCUUUCCAUCACCCCGCCCCAUUCUCUCGCUUUCCAUCACCUCGCCCCAUUCUCUCGCUUUCCAUCACCCCGCCCCAUUCUCUCGCUUUCCAUCACCCCGCCCCAUUCUCUCGCUUUCCACCACCCCACCCCAUUCUCCCGCUUUCAAUCACCCCACCCUAUUCUCCCGCGUUCAAUCACCCCGCCCCAUUCUCCCUCCUUCCAUCACCCCGCCCCAUUCCCCCUCCUUCCAUCACCCCGCCCCAUUCUCCUGCUUUCCAUCACCCCGCCCCAUUCUCCCGCUUUCCAUCUCCCCGCCCCAUUCUCCCGCUUUCCAUCACCCAGCCCCAUUCUCCCGCUUUCCAUCACCCCGCCCCAUUCUCCCUCCUUCCAUCACCCCGCCCCAUUCUCCCUCCUUCCAUAACCCUGCCCCAUUCUCCCGCUUUCGAUCACCCUGCCCCAUUCUCCUACUUUCCAUCACCCUGCCCCCUUCUCCCGCUUUCCAUCACCCCGUCCCAUUCUCCCUCCUUCCAUCACCCCGCCCCGUCCUCCCUCCUUCCAUCACCCCGCGCCAUUCUCCCUCCUUCCAUCACCCCGCCCCAUUCUCCCGCUUUCCAUCACCCCGCCCCAUUCUCCCGCUUUCCAUCACCUCGCCCAAUUCUCCCGCUUUCCAUCGCCCCGCCCCAUUCUCCCUCCUUCCAUCACCACGCCCCAUUCUCCUGCUUUCCAUCACCCCGCCCCAUUCUCCCGUUUCCAUCACCCCGCCCGAUUCUCCCGCUUUCCAUCACCCCGCCCCAUUCUCCCGCUUUCCAUCACCCCGCCCCAUUCUCCCGCUUUCCAUCACCCCGCCCCGUUCUCCCGCUUUCCGUCACCCCGCCCCGUUCUCCUGCUCUCUGUCACCCCGCCCCGUUCUCCCGCUCUCCGUCACCCCGCCUCAUUUUCCCGCUUCCCAUCACCCCGCCCCAUUCUCCUUCCUUCCAUCACCCCGCCCCAUUCUCCCUCCUUCCAUCACCCCGCCCCAUUCUCACUCCUUCCAUCACCCCGCCCCCCCGCCCCAUUCUCCCUCCUUCCAUCAACCCCCCCUUUCUCCCUCCUUUCAUAACCCCGCCCCAUUCUCCCGCUUUCCAUCACCCUGCCUCAUUCUCCCGCUUUCCCUCACCCCGCCACAGUCUCCCGCAUUCCAUAACCCCGCCCCAUUCUCCCGCUUUCCAUCACCCCGCCCCUUUCUCCCGCUUUCCAUCACUGCCCCCCAUUCUCCCUCCUUCCAUCACCCCGCCCCAUUCUCCCGCUUUCCAUCACCCUGCCCCAUUCUCCCGUUUUCCAUCACCCCGCCCCAUUCUCCCACUUUCCAUCACCCCGCCCCAUUCUCCCGCUUUCCAUCACCCCGCCCCAUUCUUCCGCUUUCCAUCACCCCACCCCAUUCUCCUGCUUUCCAUCACCCCGCCCCAUUCUCCCUCCUUCCAUCACCCCGCCCCAUUCUGCCCCAUUCUCCCUCCUUCCAUCACCCCACCCCAUUCUCCCGCUUUCCACCACCCCGCCCCAUUCUCCCGCUUUCCAUCACCCCGCCCCAUUCUCCCGCUUUCCAUCACUCCGCCCCAUUCUCCCGCUUUCCAUAAACCCGCCCCAUUCUCCUGCUUUCCAUCACCCCGCCCCAUUCUCCCGCUUUCCAUCACCCCUCCCCAUUCUCUUGCUUUCCAUCACCUCGCCCCAUUCUCCCGCUUUCCAUCACCCCGCCCCAUUCUCCCGCUUUCCACCACCCCACCCCAUUCUCCCGCUUUCCAUCACCCUGCCCUAUUCUCCCGCGUUCAAUCACCCUGCCCCAUUCUCCCUCCUUCCAUCACCCCACCCCAUUCUCCCUCCUUCCAUCACCCCGCCCCAUUCUCCCGCUUUCCAUCACCCCGCCCCUUUCUCCCGCUUUCCAUCACUGCCCCCCAUUCUCCCUCCUUCCAUCACCCCGCCCCAUUCUCCCGCUUUCCAUCACCCCGCCUCAUUCUCCCUGCUUCCAUCACCCCGCCCCAUUCUCCCUCCUUCCAUCACCCCGCCCCAUUCUCUCGCUUUCCAUCAACCCGCCCCAUUCUCCCGUUUUCCAUCACCCCGCCCCAUUCUCUCGCUUUCCAUCACCCCGCCCCAUUCUCCUUCCUUCCAUCCCCCCGCCCCAUUCUCCGGCUUUCCAUCACCGCGCCCCAUUCUCCCGCUUUCCAUCACCCCGCCCCAUUCUCCCGCUUUCCAUCACCCCGCCCCAUUCUCCCGCUUUCCACCACCCCACCCCAUUCUCCCGCUUUCCAUCACCCUGCCCUAUUCUCCCGCGUUCAAUCACCCUGCCCCAUUCUCCCUCCUUCCAUCACCCCACCCCAUUCUCCCUCCUUCCAUCACCCCGCCCCAUUCUCCCGCUUUCCAUCACCCCGCCCCUUUCUCCCGCUUUCCAUCACUGCCCCCCAUUCUCCCUCCUUCCAUCACCCCGCCCCAUUCUCCCGCUUUCCAUCACCCCGCCUCAUUCUCCCUGCUUCCAUCACCCCGCCCCAUCCUCCCUCCUUCCAUCACCCCGCCCCAUUCUCUCGCUUUCCAUCACCUCGCCCCAUUCUCCCGUUUUCCAUCACCCCGCCCCAUUCUCUCGCUUUCCAUCACCCCGCCCCAUUCUCCUUCCUUCCAUCACCCCGCCCCAUUCUCCCGCUUUCCAUCACCGCGCCCCAUUCUCCCGCUUUCCAUCACCCCGCCCCAUUCUCCCGCUUUCCAUCACCGCGCCCCAUUCUCCCGCUUUCCAUCACCCCGCCCCAUUCUCCCGCUUUCCAUCACCCCGCCCCAUUCUCCCUCUCUCCCGCUUUCCAUAGCCCCGCCCCAUUGUACCGCUUUCCAUCAUCCCGCCCCCUUCUCCUGCUUUCCAUCACCACACCCCAUUCUCCCGCUUUCCAUCACCCCGCCCCAUUCUCCCUCUUUCCAUCACCCCGCCCUAUUCUCCCGCUUUCCAUCACCCCGCCCCAUUCUCCCGCUUUCCAUCACCCCGCCCCAUUCUCCCGCGUUCCAUCACUCCGCCCCAUUCUCCCGCUUUCCAUCACCCCGCCCAAUUCUCCUGCUUUCCAUCACCCCGCCCCAUUCUCCCGAUUUCCAUCACCCCGCCCAAUUCUCCCGCUUUCCAUCACCCCGCCCCAUUGUCCCUCCUUCUAUCACCCCGCCCCAUUCCCCAUUCUCCCUCCUUCCAUAACCCUGCCCCAUUCUCCUGCUUUCCAUCAACCCGCCCCAUUCUCAUACUUUCCAUCACCCCGCCCCAUUCUCCUGCUUUCCAUCACCCCGCCCCAUUCUCCCUCCUUCCAUAACCCUACCCCAUUCUCCCGCUUUCCAUCACCCCGCCCCAUUCUCCCUCCUUCCAUCACCCCGCCCGAUCCUCCCUCCUUCCAUCACCCCGCCCCAUUCUCCCUCCUUCCAUCACCCCGCCCAUUCUCCCGCUUUCCAUCACCCCGCCCCAUUCUCCCGUUUUCCAUCACCCCACCCCAUUCUCCCGCUUUCCAUCACCCCGCCCCAUUCUCCCUCCUUCCAUCACCCCGCCCCAUUCUCCCGCUUUCCAUCACCCUGCCCCAUUCUCCCGCUUUCCAUCACCCCGCCCCAUUCUCCCGCUUUCCAUCACCCCGCCCCAUUCUCCCUCCUUUCACCACCCCGCCCCUUUCUCCCGCUUUCCAUCACCCCGCCCUAUUCUCCCGAUUUAUAUCACCCCGGCCCAUUCUCCCUCCUUCCAUCACCCCGCCCCAUUCUCCCUCCUUCCAUCACCCCGCCCCAUUCUCCCGCUUUCCAUCACCCCGCCCCAUUCUCCCUCCUUCCAUCACCCUGCCCCAUCCUCCCUCCUUUCAUCACCCCGCCCCAUUCUCCCGCUUUCAAUCACCCUGCCCCCCCCGCCCCAUUCUACCGCUUUCCAUCAUCCCGCCCCCUUCUCCUGCUUUCCAUCACCACACCCCAAUCUCCCGCUUUCCAUCACCCCGCCCCAUUCUCCCGCUUUCCAUCACCCCGCCCUAUUCUCCCGCUUUCCAUCACCCCGCCCCAUUCUCCCGCUUUCUAUCACCCCGCCCCAUUCUCCCGCGUUCCAUCACUACGCCCCAUUCUCCCGCUUUCCAUCACCCCGCCCAAUUCUCCUGCUUUCCAUCACCCCGCCCCAUUCUCCCGCUUUCCAUCACCCCGCCCAAUUCUCCCGCUUUCCAUCACCCCGCCCCAUUCUCCCUCCUUCUAUCACCCCGCCCCAUUGUCUCGCUUUCCAUCAUCCCGCCCCAUUCUCCCGCUUUCCAUCACCCCGCCCCAUUCUCCCACUUUCCACCACCCCACCCCAUUCUCCCGCUUUCCAUCACCCCACCCUAUUCUCCCGCGUUCAAUCACCCCGCCCCAUUCUCCCUCCUUCCAUCACCCCGCCUCAUUCUCCCCCCUUCCAUCACCCCGCCCCAUUCUCCCUCCUUCCAUCACCCCGCCCAAUUCUCCCGCUUUCCAUCACCCCGCCCCAUUCUCCCGCUUUCCAUCACCCUGCCCCAUUCUCCCGCUUUCCAUCACCCCGCCCCAUUCUCCCUCCUUUCAUCACCCAGCCCCAUUCUCCCUCCUUCCAUAACCCUGCCCCAUUCUCUUGCUUUCCAUCACCCCGCCCCAUUCUCCUACUUUCCAUCACCCCGCCCCAUUCUCCUGCUUUCCAUCACCCCGCCCCAUUCUCCCUCCUUCCAUAACCCUGCCCCAUUCUCCCGCUUUCCAUCACCCCGCCCCAUUCUCCCUCCUUCCAUCACCCCGCCCCAUCCUCCCUCCUUCCAUCACCCCGCCCCAUUCUCCCUCCUUCCAUCACCCCGCCCCAUUCUCCCGCUUUCCAUCAAUCCGCCCCAUUCUCCCUCUUUCCAUCACCUCGCCCCAUUCUCCCGCAUUCCAUCGCCCCGCCCCAUUCUCCCUCCUUCCAUCACCACGCCCCAUUCUCCUGCUUUCCAUCACCCUGCCCCAUUCUCCCGUUUCCAUCACCCCGCCCCAUUCUCCCGCUUUCCAUCACCCUGCCCCAUUCUCCCGGUUUCCAUCACCCCGCCCCAUUCUCCCGCUUUCCAUCACCCCGCCCCGUUCUCCCGCUUUCCAUCACCUCGCCCCAUUCUCCCGCUUUCAAUCACCCCGCCCCAUUCUCCCUCUUUCCAUCACCCCGCCCCAUUCUUCCUCCUUCCAUCACCCCGCCCCAUUCUCCCUCCUUCCAUCACCCCGCCCCAUUCUCCCGCUUUCCAUCACCCCGCCCAAUUCUCCCGUUUUCCAUCACCCCGCCCCAUUCUCCCGCUUUCCAUCACCCCGCCCCAUUCUCCCUCCUUCCAUCACCCCGCCCCAUUCUCCCGCUUUCCAUCACCCCGCCCCAUUCUCCCGCUUUCUAUCACCCCGCCCCAUUCUCCCGCUUUCCAUCACCCCGCCCCAUUCUCCCUCCUUCCACCACCCUGCCCCAUUCUUCCGCUUCCCAUCACCCCGCCCCAUUCUCCCGAUUUUCACCCUGGCCCAUUCUCCCUCCUUCCAUCACCCCGCCCCAUUCUCCCUCCUUCCAUCACCCCGCCCCAUUCUCCCGCUUUCCAUCACCCCGCCCCAUUCUCCCUCCUUCCAUCACCCUGCCCCAUCCUCCCUCCUUCCAUCACCCCGCCCCGUUCUCCCGCUUUCCAUCACCCCGCCCCUCUCCCGCUUUCUAUAGCCCCGCCCCAUUCUCCCGUUUUCCAUCACCCCGCCCCCUUCUCCUGCUUUCCAUCACCGCACCCCAUUCUCCCGCUUUCCAUCAUCCCGCCCCAUUCUCCCUCCUUCCAUCACCCCUCCCCAUCCUCCCUCCUUCCAUCACCCCGCCCCAUUCUCCCUCCUUCCAUCACCCCGCCCCAUUCUCCCGCUUUCCAUCACCUCGCCCCAUUCUCCCUCCUUCCAUCACCCUGCCCCAUUCUCCCUCCUUCCAUCACCCCGCCCCAUUCUCCCGCUUUCCAUCACCCCGCCCCAUUCUCCCUCCUUCCAUCACCCUGCCCCAUCCUCCCUCCUUCCAUCACCCCGCCCCAUUCUCCCGCUUUCCAUCACCCCUCCCCAUUCUCCCGCUUUCCAUCACCCCGCCCCAUUCUCCCUCCUUCCAUCACCCUGCCCCAUCCUCCCUCCUUCCAUCACCCCGCCCCAUUCUCCCGCUUUCCAUCACCUCGCCCCAUUCUCCCGCUUUCCAUCGCCCCGCCCCAUUCUCCCUCCUUCCAUCACCACGCCCCAUUCUCCUGCUUUCCAUCACCCCGCCCCAUUCUCCCGUUUCCAUCACCCCGCCCCAUUCUCCCGCUUUCCAUCACCCUGCCCCAUUCUCCCGCUUUCCAUCACCCCGCCCCAUUCUCCCGCUUUCCAUCAUCCCGCCCCGUUCUCCCGCUUUCCAUCACCUCGCCCCAUUCUCCCGCUUUCAAUCACCCCGCCCCAUUCUCCCUCUUUCCAUCACCCCGCCCCAUGCUCCCUCCUUCCAUCACCCCGCCCCAUUCUCCCUCUUUCCAUCACCCAGCCCCAUUCUCCCGCUUUCCAUCACCCCGCCCAAUUCUCCCGUUUUCCAUCACCCCGCCCCAUUCUCCCGCUUUCCAUCACCCCGCCCCAUUCUCCCUCCUUCCAUCACCCCACCCCGUUCUCCCGCUUUCCAUCACCCCGCCCUAUUCUCCCGCUUUCCAUCACCACGCCCCAUUCUCCCGCUUUCCAUCACCCCGCCCCAUUCUCCCUCCUUCCACCACCCCGCCCCAUUCUCCCGCUUCCCAACACCCCGCCCCAUUCUCUCGAUUUACAUCACCCCGGCCCAUUCUCCCUCCUUCCAUCACCCCGCCCCAUUCUCCCUCCUUCCAUCACCCCGCCCCAUUCUCCCGCUUUCCAUCACCCCGCCCCAUUCUCCCUCCUUCCAUCACCCUGCCCCAUCCUCCCUCAUUCCAUCACCCCGCCCCAUUCUCCCGCUUUCCAUCACCCCGCCCCGUUCUCCCCCUUUCCAUCACCCCGCCCCAUUCUCCCGCUUUCCAUCACCCCGCCCCAUUCUCCCGCUUUCCCUCACCCCGCCCCAGUCUCCCGCUUUCCAUAGCCCCGCCCCAUUCUCCCGUUUUCCAUCACCCCACCCCCUUCUCCUGCUUUCCAUCACCGCACCCCAUUCUCCCGCUUUCCAUCACCCCGCCCCAUUCUCCCGCUUUACAUCACCCCGCCCCAUUCUCCCGCUUUCCAUCACCCCACCCCAUUCUCCCGCUUUCCAUCACCUCUCCCCAUUCUCCCGCUUUCCAUCACUCCGCCCCAUUCUUCCGAUUUCCAUCACCCCGCCCCAUUCUCCUGCUUUCCAUCACCCCGCCCCAUUCUCCCGCUUUCCAUCACCCCGCCCCAUUCUCUAACUUUCCAUCACCUCGCCCCAUUCUCUCGCUUUCCAUUACCCCGCCCCAUUCUCCCGCUUUCCAUCACCCCGCCCCGUUCUCCCGCGUUCCAUCACCUCUCCCCAUUCUCCCGCUUUCCAUCACUCCGCCCCAUUCUUCCGCUUUCCAUCACCCCGCCCCAUUCUUCCUCCUUCCACCACCCCGCCCCAUUCUCCCGCUUCCCAACACCCCGCCCCAUUCUCUCGAUUUACAUCACCCCGGCCCAUUCUCCCUCCUUCCAUCACCCCGCCCCAUUCUCCCUCCUUCCAUCACCCCGCCCCAUUCUCCCGCUUUCCAUCUCCCCGCCCCAUUCUCCCUCCUUCCAUCAACCUGCCCCAUCCUCCCUCCUUCCAUCACCCCGCCCCAUUCUCCCGCUUUCCAUCACCCCGCCCCGUUCUCCCCCUUUCCAUCACCCCGCCCCAUUCUCCUGCUUUCAAUCACCCCGCCCCAUUCUCCCGCUUUCCCUCACCCCGCCCCACUCCGCAACAUUCUUUCGCUUUCCAUCACCCCGCCCCCUUCUCCUGCUUUCCAUCCCCGCACCCUAUUCUCCCGCUUUCCAUCACCCCGCCCCAUUCUCCCGCUUUCCAUCACCCCGUCCCAUUCUCCCGCUUUCCAUCACCCUGCCCCAUUCUCCCGCUUUCCAUCACUCCGCCACAUUCUCCUGCUUUCCAUCACCCCGCCCCAUUCUCCCGCUUUCCAUCACCCUGCCCCAUUCGCCCGCUUUCCAUCACCCCGCCCCGUUCUCCUGCGUUCCAUCACCCCAUCCCAUUCUUCCGCUCUCCAUCACCCCUCCCCAUUCUCCCUCCUUCCAUCACCCCGUCCCAUUCUCCCUCCUUCCAUUAACCCGCCCCAUUCUCCCUCCUUUGAUCACCCCGUCGCAUUCUCCCGCUUUCCAUCACCCCGCCACAUUCUCCCGCUUUCCAUCACCCCGCCCCAUUCUCCCUCCUUCCAUCACCCCACCUUAUUUUCCCUCCUUCCAUCACCCGCCCCAUUCUCCCGCUUUCCAUCACCCUGCCUCAUCCUCCCGCUUUCCAUCACCUCGCCCCAUUCCCCCGCUUUCCAUCACCCCGCCCCAUUCUCCCGCUUUCCAUCACCCCGCCCCAUUCUUCCGCUUUCCAUCACCCCGUCCCAUUCUCCCGCUUUCCAUCACCCCGCCCCAUUCUCCCGCUUUCUAUCACCCUGCCCCAUUCUCCCCCUAUCCAUCACCCCGCCCCAUUCUCCCGCUUUCCAUCACCCCGCCUCAUUCUCCCUCCUUCCAUCACCCCACCCCAUUCUCCCUCCUUCCAUCACCCCUCCCCAUUCUCCCGCUUUCCAUCACCCCGCCCCAUUCUCCCGCUUUCCCUCACCCCGCCCCAGUCUCCCGCUUUCCAUAGCCCCGCCCCAUUCUCCCGCUUUCCAUCACUCCGCCCCUUCUCCUGCUUUCCAUCACCGCACCCCAUUCUCACGCUUUCCAUCACCCCGCCCCAUUCUCCCGCUCUCCAUCACCCCAUCCCAUUCUCCCGCUUUCCAUCAUCCCGCCCCAUUCUCCCGCUUUCCAUCACUCCGCCCCAUUCUCCCGCUUUCCAUCACCCCGCCCCAUUCUCCCGCUUUCCAUCACCCUGCCCCAUUCGCCCGCUUUCCAUCACCCCGCCUUGUUUUCCCGCUUUCCAUCACCCCGUCCCAUUCUCCCGCUCUCCAUCACCCCUCCCCAUUCUCCCUCCUUCCAUCACUCCGUCCCAUUCUCCCUCCUUCCAUCAACCCGCCCCAUUCUCCCUCCUUUGAUCACCUGCCUCAUUCUCCCGCUUUCCAUCACCCCGCCACAUUCUCCCGCUUUCCAUCACCCCGCCCCAUUCUCCCUCCUUCCAUCACCCCACCCUAUUUUCCCUCCUUCCAUCACCCCGCCCCUUUCUCCCGCUUUCCAUCACCCCGCCUCAUCCUCCCGCUUUCCAUCACCCCGUCCCAUUCCCCCACUUUCCAUCACCCCGCCCCAUUCUCCCGCUUUCCAUCACCCCGCCCCAUUCUUCCGCUUUCCAUCACCCCGUCCCAUUCUCCCGCUUUCCAUCACCCCGCCCCAUUCUCCCGCUUUCUGUCACCCCGCCCGAUUCUCCCGCUAUCCAUCACCCCGCCCCAUUCUCCCGCUUUCCAUCACCCCGCCUCAUUCUCCCUCCUUCCAUCACCCCGCCCCAUUCUCAAUCCUUCCAUCACCCCUCCCCAUUCUCCCGCUUUCCAUCACCCGGUCCCAUUCUCCCGCUUUCCAUCACCCUGCCCCAUUCUCCCUCCUUCUAUCACACCGCCCCAUUCUCCCGCUUUCCAUCACCCCGCCCCAUUCUCCUGCUUUCCAUCACCCCACCCCAUUCUCCAUCUUUUCAUCACCCCGCCCCAUUCUCCCGCUUUCCAUCACCCCGCACCAUUCUCCCUCUUUCCAUCACCCCGCCCCAUUCUCCCUCCUUCCAUAUCUGGGAGAAGGGGAUGGAAUCUGGGAGAAGGGGAUGGAAUAUGGGAGAAGGGGAUGGAAUCUGGGAGAAGUGGGUGGAAUCUGGGAGAAGGGGAUGGAAUUUGCGAGAAGGGGAUGGAAUCUGGAGAAGGGGAUAGAAUCUGGGAGAAGGGGAUGGAAUCCGGGAGAAGGGGAUGGAACCUGGGAGAAGGGGAUGGAAUCUGGGAGAAGGGGAUGGAAUCUGGGAGAAGGGGAUGGAAUCUAGGAGAAGGGGAUGCAAUCUGCGAGAAGGGGAUGGAAUAUGCGAGAAGGGGAUGGAAUCUGGGAGAAGGGGAUGGAAUCUAG